UGCGCGUCCCCCCUUUCCAACUGUGCAGGUCAUGACGCAGCGCCCAAACAAAUCUCUUCUCUCGUGGAGCGCCUACGAGAUCUACCCGUGAGGUGCAAUGGAGAAAGAAUCCCAGCCCGCGGAGUAUCACCGGCUCGAGCCGGGGGAACCAGAGGCGCCCGUCGCCAGCCCUGGCGCCGCCGGGGCUCCCAUCUACGACGUGUACAUGGAUGAUGAGGAGGAGGCCGAGGAGGCGUAUCUGGAGGGCCUCGACGUCCCCGCGGGCCCCGUCGUCCUCGACGCGGACACGGCGGCGGCGGUGGAGGCGGAACGGCAGGCCGCCAUGGCCGCCGACGAGGAGAUGGCGCACGCGCUGCACAUGCAGGACCUCGUGGAGGCGGAGGAGUGGGAGCUGCGUGACCUGGACCUGGAACAGCCGCCCGGCGACUACCCCGCCUCCUCCAGGGCCGGCGUCGGCUUCGGCGCCAGGGCCACCGCGGACACCUUCUUGGAGAGCCAGAGCGGGACCUUCGAGAGCAUCCAUGAGGUGGAGAGCGGAACCGUCUUCCUCGGCAAUUCGAGAAUCCCGGAACCCCUCGAGUGUCUGGAAAGUCUGCCAGGCCCGAGCACUGCCGGCGCCGCCGCAUCUCCGGCGAGACAGACCAUCCUCUCUCAAGACGCCGGCGGCUCCUCGUCAAGCCAGCAAGUCCCCGGACACGGGGUACCCGCUACUGUGCCAAGCGUGACCCCGCCCGUCGGCUUCGUCCCAUCGACAAGAAGAUGCGGCGCUCUCUGCGCCGUCGCCCCGCGGGCAAGACCGAUCGGCCCUUUCGACGACCCCGUUUCCGUGAAAAGACGGGUCCUCCUCGCCGACGCCGCCUCAUCGGUCAUGUUCCCCGCAAUGCAAGAAGGGCACGACAACGGCUGGUACGAGGCCAUCGUCCUCGACGAUGCUGACAAGCUGGAGCUGGCGGAGAAGCAGCGAUUGCUCGAAUCAUUGCAGCUGUGCCUCCCAAGAUCUGAUGAACCCUGCAAGCCCGCCGUCGCGGCCGGCGGCGGAGAAGAAGAAGAGGGCGGGUUCUCCCUGCCCAAGUUCUGCCAGAGGUGGGGCGUCAGCCCGUCCGACCUCGAGCCCGACGCGCCCGGCCCGUCGACGACGAAGGUGCCCCCGCUGGCCGACGACGAGGUCCCCACGUUCGACUGCGGCAUCUGCAUGGACACCCUCCCCGUCUUCGACCUCUUCCACGGGCUCCCCUGCAAGCACAAGUUCUGCGCGACGUGCAUGACCACCUACGUGGAGGGCAGGAUCCGGGCGAGCGAGCUGCCCAUCCCGUGCCCCGACGCGGCGUGCAAGGGCAAGGAGAACGCCGUCCUCCACCCGGAGAAGUGCAAGAAGGCGAUCGACUACGGCGCGUUCGGCGACUGGGGCGCGCGGCUCACGGAGCGCGCGCUCCCGGCCGACCGGCGCGCGUACUGCCCGAACCGGCGGUGCGGGGUCAUCCUGGAGACGAGCGGCGGGGCGGAGCCGGCCAUGGCGCCGUGCCCGGCGUGCAAGCACCUGCUGUGCGCCACCUGCGGCAUGGAGUGGAGCCCGGGCGGGGCGGCCGGCGAGCACGACUGCGCCAAGGGCCCCGACGCCGCCCUCGUGAGGAGGCUCGCGCAGGAGCGCCAGUGGAAACAGUGCCCGAGCUGCAGGAUGAUCGUCGAGAGGAGCUACGGAUGCAAUCGAAUGACAUGCAGGUGCGGCUUCGUCUUCUGCUACCAGUGCGGGCGCCCCAUGAGCAGGGGGCAGCCGGGAGAGGCAGGCCUGCUGGAGCCAUGCCGGUGCCACGACGCCGGGCUCGCGUUCGCCUUCGCGCACCACCACCAGGCCCACCACGUCGAGCUGAACGUGCCGGCGCCGCCCCCGCUCCUGCAGGAGGAGGAGGCGGCGGCGGUGGAGGCCCUCGUCAUGAACAGGCUGCCGCCCGUUCUCCCCGCAGACAGGGCGCACCGCCGGCUGGAGGUGGCCGACGGCAUUCACCAGCCCGGCCCUCAAGAUGCCCCAGACGUGGAAAUGGAAAACUUCUUGUACUAGUUGGCUUGGUUCGAUCGGUUGUGUCUCUGCAUGCACAGGGGAGCUGAACGGUGACAUGAGUGGCCGAGUGUUCUUCAUCAUCUCUCUGGUAGAUGAUGACAAUGUCUGUUUCCUUCCCCGUUGGGAUUUGAUGAAUUUUAUACAAGUUUGGAUGCUUUGAUUUGGCUGAGAA